GAGGUGUAUUUUGUAAAUUUCCCAAAAGUCAAUAAAACUUACAGUUGAAACGACUCCGUAUUGCUGUCCAUCCCCAUUCCCUCUUUUUAUUGAAAAUUCGGUUGUUUCUCUUCUAAUGUUGCCCCAACUGAUCUCUGUGUCAGUCUUCUCUCCAUAACAUAUUCUAGGUCUAUUUUCUAUCAAAUUUCCAAUUCAAUUGAAUAAUUAUGUGUUAAAAUAAUGUUGAAAUCAAAAUUUUACCUCAAAACCCUGAAAUCUAAUCUUCGAAAUCCCAAUUUUCAUCCACGUAUUUCGCUUUUGCACAGUCCCCCGUCAAAGAAAUCUUCACUCUCUAACCCUGCAAUUCAAUUCAUCCUAGAUGAAGCUCAAGAAUGUGGAAAUUUUAAACCGCCAAGCUCAAGAUUCCAGACCAAUUUAUCUGCAAAAAAUGGGGAAAAAAUAUUGCCACUUAAAAAUUUUGGCGACACUUCUAAGAUUCAGAUUUCACAUCCAUGGCCUGAAUGGGUAGACUUUAUGGAAAAGUUAUCGAAGAAUGGAUAUUUUGAGGGAAUUGGAAAUCCUUUUGGGAGUAAAAAUGAAAUGGGUCCCAAGGAGGCAAAUGUAAUAAGGACGGCUUGUUUGAAUUUUGCCCGGGAUAACUAUCAUCUUAUAAGAUAUUUGUCUAGGGAAGAUAUUCUGGUGGUUGCAGGAUCUGGAUGUCCGAGCACAGAUAGGAAAGUUGUUAACUCUGGAAAACGUCUAAGAGCUCAUGUGGGAAUUGAUGAAGGAAAUGCUUGCAGUUCCUGUAUAUUAAGGGGAGAUUGCGAAAGGGCAUAUGUCAAGGCACGUGAGGAUGAAGGUGGUAGGACUGUGGAUGUCAUGCGCUUUGUGUUGGCAUAUGGGCUUGAUCCUGUAUAUUGCUCUGUGGAGAACAAGCCAUGUUUGAACAAAAGGGUGAAGGAAGCAGUAAGAAAAUUGUUGAAAGAAAUUAUGGACUCGAGGACUGAGGAAUGUGAUGCUGAACCUCCGAGAGUGACUACCUCUAAAUGGGAGUCAUCUAUAGAAGGAAAUGAUGUUGAACAAGAAAGGAGCCAUAACCAGGUUCCAAUGAAGCAAGGCGACUGGAUUUGCCCCAAGUGCCAGUUCCUAAAUUUUGCUCGGAAUUUCAAGUGCUUACGUUGUAAUGGCUUAUUUCAAGAAAGACUAAGAAAAUUAUCAGAAGAGCAGGAUAAUCUUCCACCUAAGAAGGGAGACUGGAUAUGUGAUAAAUGCAAAUUUUUGAAUUUUGCUAGAAAUACAAGGUGUUUGCAGUGUAAAGAGAAGCCUCCAAAGAGGCAACUUAAUCCUGGGGAGUGGGAAUGUGAAUCGUGCAAUUACAUCAAUUUCAGAAGAAACAUGGUAUGUCUGAAAUGCGAUCACAAAAGACCGAUAGCAUCACAUGCUGCUGGCAAUUCCUCUCAACCUGUAGGUAAUGCUGUAAACAAUCAUCAGAUGCAGAAUUGGUUUGGGCAAGAGAAACAAAAUAGGGAUGAAGGUGUUAGUUCAUGGAAAUUUGUAGAAAGUGACAGUAAAGAUCACGCUGGCUCACACUCGUGGAAUCAGGUGCCUGAAUACAUUGACUUUCCAGUCGUUGGUGGUAAGAGUGAUUUGUCCCGUAAUGUGCAAAAGCAAGAGAUGUGGAAAAUGGAAGUGGCCGGCAAAAGCAGAAUUGCUUCCUGUGCAAGGGAAAAUGCUGGUGAAUUUAAUUCGAUUCAGGUAAAGAAUGAGUUUUUUGGGUCUGAUGAUGACGACGACGACGAAAUGGCUGACUGGUUUGGGCAUGGAAAAGAUCAAGUUGUUGGGGAUGGUGGUUUCAGCCAUUGAUUGAAUAGAUAUUUUGAAUCUCACUGCUGAGUUUCUGAGCUACAUCGAAUAAAGUUGGUUAAAUUAUCUUGAACUUUCCCAUUACAUGCAUUUUAGCAUUUUAGUUUUGCCUUUAUGAUAUUAAAGAACUACAAAAAUCAAAUAUAAAUCCUCAGUCUAACAUAUGUUUGGCUACAUGUAACUAACAACACGUCUAAUGCGAAUGUAGUCCCUUGCUGGAA